CCUUAGUUCCUAAAGGGGGUCUGCUGUUAGAGGAGUCAUAUGCCAAGAUGAGCAGCUUUGGAGAGGUCCUGAAGGAGGUUGGGGAGUUUGGUUUGUUUCAGAAAAGCUUACUCGUUGCGUUAUGCAUACCCAGCAUAUUCUCUGCGUUCGAUGUGGCCAGCCAGGUGUUCACUGGAAUUAGCUAUCCACAUCACUGUAACACUGACUGGAUCUUGCAGAGAAAUCCAAACCUGACUACAGAGAGGCAAAGAAAUCUCACCAUCCCUGUUGACAAGGAUGGGAGGUAUGAAAAGUGUAAAAUGUUCACUCCUGUGGAUCUGGAUCUGGAAACGAUUGAAGAGUAUGGCCUUAACAGCACAACUGGAUGCAUCAGUGGCUGGGACUAUGAGGCUCCACAUGGAGUCUCCAGCCUCAUGACACAAUUUAAUCUGGUUUGUGACAAGAGUGGUUUAAUUGAAGUGUCACAGUCCAUCUUCAUGGCAGGGGUCCUGGUUGGCUCAUUGGUGUUUGGAGCAAUUUCUGACAGGUUUGGCAGAAGAUUUGGGAUCCUACUUUCAGUUUUAAUCCUGCUGGUGUUCGGUGUCAGCACAGCUUUCUCACCCAAUAUUUACAUCUAUAUGGUUCUGAAGUUUUUCAGUGGGACUGGUGUCGUUAUUAUGAACACAUUUGUGAUGGUGGUGGAGUGGACUGAUCCUUCAAAAUCUGCUCUCUGCACAAUGUCCAUAAUGAGCUUCUUUUCAGUAGGACAGAUGAUUCUGCCUGGUAUUGCUUAUCUGAUUACAAAGUGGUGGAUACUGCAACUGGUUCUCUUAAGCCCCCUCGUCAUUGUCCUGGUCGUCCUGUUCUGUUUCCUCCCAGAGUCAGCUCGGUGGCUCAUGUCUCAGGGCAGGAAGGAGGCGGCUCUGAAGGAGCUGCAGAGAGCAGCCAGAGUUAAUAAAAGGAGCGUAUCAGGAGAUCUGCUGGAUAAGGUCAAUAUGGAGACUUCCCCAAACAGAAAAAACAUGAUGGACAUCUUCCGAAUAACCUAUUUAAGAAAACGCACUCUAAUCAUGGCUUUGAACUGGUUUGCAGCAACUAUUCUUUUCUAUGGACUGAGCCUAAAUAUUGGGAGUUUUGGCCUAAAUAUCUACCUCACACAGCUCAUCUUUGGUUUUAUUGAAAUCCCUGCAAACCUGGCUGGCCUGACCCUGAUUCAGCGCUUUGGGAGAAGAAUAUGUCAAGCAGGUUUCCUGUUCUUUGGUGGAGCCUCUUGCUUGGUGGCCAUUGCUGUUCCCAAAGAUCUUUCAGUGGUGGUGACAGUCAUUGCGAUGCUGGGAAAGUUUGCUGCCACAGCUGCCUGCAGUACAGCCCAUGUUUACACAGCUGAAUUAUACCCUACAGAUUUAAGGCAUAGCGGCAUAGGAUUGAAUUCAAUGUUUGCUCGUGUGGCCGGCAUCCUCUCACCACUGGUCAGGCUCUUGGAGGUCUACCAUUACAGCAUUCCCAUGGUGGUUUAUGGCAUCAUCCCGAUGGCUGCAGGCUGUUUCUGUUUGCUGCUACCUGAAACACUCAAUGUUGAACUCCAGGAUAUCACUGAGACACUAAACUCAGAGGAUGAAAAACUGCAAGAUCAAUGUUGUGCUAACUGAUAGUUGUGCUGACAAAUUCCCUGAAAGUGCGGAUGUCUGCAUCAAUCGGCCAGUUUACGUGUACAGCCUUGUGUUGGUGUGUAGUCAUCCUAAGCAAGCCUACCUGUACUUUAAACGUCUAUACAACCAUCUCAGUCUGCUGUGUUCCUUGGACUCAAUGAAGCUUUUAAAUGCAAUUCAUUGCAUUACAUCUAGGUUUAGGCCUUUAAUAAAAGGGGAAUGAGUAGAAAAGGUGAUUUGAUUUGUAGUUUUAGAGACCGAAAAACACACUGCAAAUAAUUGAAAUCCAAAUAAGUAAAUUUUUCUUAAAAGUGCAUUUUUCCUUGAACUGAGAAGGUAAAUCAGACACUUUGCAAAUGAAAAAGACAGUUAACAUUUAAAAUAAUAAUAAAAAAACAAUCGCAUCGUCUUAUUUGAAGUGUAUAUUAUCUAAUUAUCGUAUUCUAAGAGUAAAACUCAUUCAGUUCACAAAUCAUCU